AAUGACCCAACCCUACAGAUUGGUCUCCGACAAGAGCGUGCUCUGAGUUGUAGGCAGUUCGUGCCACGGGAACACUAAGUCUAGAACAUUAAACUUAUCAUGUUAAAUUGAUUUCUGGAUGUUUCUCUGUGGAAGUCUUGGAAUAGUCCUCCCCUUCCUUUCUUUGAGCCAAGAAAACUCUGAACCAGAACAAUUCAAUUUCAAUUUGUGGAAAGGCUCUACUCCAUGGACUAAACAUAGUGCUAAGACAGAUUGGUGGGGAAGGGGGCAGGGACAUUUUGAUCACUUUGGCAUGUAACUAAAAUAUCUGAAUUUCUAGUUAAUCGCCCUGAGAUGUAUUUACAAGCUUUGUUUCUGAGGAGUAUUUGCAAGCCUCGUUCUCAAGCCUGGGAACCUCAGGAGCAAAACCUGCUUUUAAGCCAUAGUUCUUGUGUUAUAUGUUAAGCAUUUGGAAGGAACCCCAAGGAGGCCUCAGGAAGCAGUUACUGCCUCUUGACUUAUCAUCCUGAAGGCGAUUUGUUUUAAAGUUGAUAAUCCCUAGAGCUACAAGAGUGUCCCACAUCUGCCCUGAAUUGAAAACAGAUUGCCAUUAAGAGCCUUACAUCAGCGCUGCGAAUUCAUUCGAUCUGAGUCAGAAAGGAAGUUGGAGAACAUUCGAACGUAUGGCCUGAUAGCAACACGGCAGCUCCCUUCAUGGAGGACCAAGACGGCAGGGACGGCUCCCUGGGAAACAUCGAUGACCUGGCGCAACAGUAUGCAGAUUAUUACAAUACGUGUUUCUCCGACGUGUGCGAGAGGAUGGAGGAGCUGCGGAAACGGCGGGUUUCCCAGGACCUGGAUGUGGAGAAACCCGAAGCCAGCCCAAUGUCACUUCAGCUGCGGUCCCAGAUCGAAGAGUCACUGGGCUUCUGUAGCACCGUGUCAACACCAGAAGUGGAAAGAAAGAAUCCUCUUCGUAAGUCACACUCGGAAGACAGCUCUGUAGGAAAAGGAGAUUGGAAGAAGAAAAAUAAGUAUUUCUGGCAGAACUUCCGAAAGAAUCAGAAAGGAAUAAUGAGACAGACUUCAAAAGGGGAAGAUGUGGGUUAUGUUGCAAGCGAGAUCACAAUGAGUGAUGAGGAACGGAUUCAGCUGAUGUUGAUGGUCAAGGAAAAGAUGAUCACCAUUGAAGAAGCACUUGCUAGGCUCAAGGAGUAUGAGGCCCAGCACCGGCAGUCAGCUGCCUUGGACCCUGCUGACUGGCCAGAUGGUUCUUACCCACCAUUCGAUGGCUCAUCAAACUGCAAUUCAAGAGAACAGUCAGAUGAUGAAGCUGAGGACUCGGUGAAGUUUAAGAGGUUGCACAAGCUGGUGAACUCCACUCGCAGAGUGAGGAAGAAACUAAUCAGGGUGGAAGAAAUGAAGAAGCCCAGCACUGAAGGCGGGGAGGAACAGGUGUUUGAGAAUUCCCCGGUCCCGGAUGAAAGGUCUGCCCUGUACUCGGGAGUGCACAAGAAGCCAUUUUUCUUUGAUGCCUCUCCUGAGAAACCUCCAGAAGAUGAUUCAGACUCUCUCACCACUUCUCCAUCAUCCAGCAGCCUGGACACCUGGGGUGCCAGCCGCAAGUUGGUCAAAACCUUCAGCAAAGGAGAGAGCCGGGGCCUGAUCAAGCCCCCCAAGAAGAUGGGGACGUUCUUCUCCUACCCAGAAGAUGACAAGGCCCAGAAGGUGUCCCGCUCCCUCACCGAGGGGGAGAUGAAGAAGGGUCUCGGGUCCCUGAGCCACGGGAGAACCUGCAGUUUUGGAGGAUUUGACUUGACAAAUCGUUCUCUGCACAUUGGCAGUAAUAAUUCCGACCCAUUGGGUAAAGAAGGAGAUUUUGUGUAUAAAGAAGUAAUCAAAUCACCUACCGCCUCCCGAAUCUCUCUUGGAAAAAAGGUGAAAUCAGUGAAAGAGACAAUGAGGAAGAGAAUGUCUAAAAAAUACAGCAGUUCUGUCUCUGAGCAGGAUUCAGGCCUUGAUGGAAUGCCGGGCUCCCCUCCAUCCUCUCAGCCUGACAGCGAACACAUGGACAAGCCCAAGCUCAAAGCCGGAGGUUCUGUGGAGAGUCUGCGGAGUUCUCUGAGCGGUCAGAGCUCAAUGAGUGGUCAAACAGUGAGCACCACCGAUUCCUCGACCAGCAACAGGGAGAGUGUUAAGUCGGAAGACGGUGAUGACGAGGAGCCCCCGUACCGGGGCCCGUUCUGUGGGCGCGCCAGGGUGCACACCGACUUCACGCCCAGCCCCUAUGACACAGACUCACUCAAGCUCAAGAAAGGAGACAUCAUUGAUAUAAUCAGCAAACCCCCCAUGGGCACCUGGAUGGGCCUGCUGAACAACAAGGUGGGGACAUUCAAAUUCAUCUACGUGGACGUGCUCAACGAGGAAGAGGAGAAGCCCAAGCGGCCCACCAGGAGGAGGAGGAAAGGAAGACCCCCCCAGCCCAAGUCGGUGGAGGAUCUCCUGGAUCGCAUCAACCUCAAAGAGCACAUGCCCACUUUCCUGUUCAAUGGAUAUGAAGAUCUGGACACCUUUAAGCUCCUGGAGGAGGAAGACUUGGACGAGUUAAAUAUCAGGGACCCAGAGCACAGAGCUGUCCUCUUGACAGCCGUGGAGCUGCUACAGGAGUAUGACAGUAACAGCGACCAGUCCGGAUCCCAGGAGAAGCUGCUUGUUGACAGCCAGGGCUUGAGUGGAUGCUCUCCACGAGACUCAGGAUGCUAUGAAAGCAGUGAGAACUUGGAAAACGGCAAGUCUAGGAAAACCAGCCCCUCUGCCAAAUCUUCAGCCGAGUCCGGCGUGAAGUCUUUCAACAGGAAUCAGCUGGGCAACUAUCCAACCUUGCCUCUAACGAAGCCAGUAGAUGCGCUGAAGCCGGGAGGGGAGGGGAGGCUGGGCAGCGGUCUCACCCCUCACACCUCCAAGCACUGCGAUCUCCCGUGUGUGACUGACUUGCAUAAAAACCGAAGGAGCCUCCCCGUUUCCAUCUGCCGGAGCUGUGAGACCCUGGAGGGCCCCCAGACCGUGGAGACUUGGCCCCGAUCCCACUCCCUGGAUGACCUUCAAGGAGAGCCUGAAAAAGAUGUGCCUGGUGAGGUGACAGAACCUUCCCCUCAGAUUGUACCCAAAGUGCCACAAAAGACAGCCCCCUCCGUCACAAAGGUUCAAAGCCCCAAACUAGACUCUGCUGUUGACAAUGCACUGCUACUGACCCAAAGCAAGAGAUUUUCUGAACCUCAGAAAGUGACUACUAAGAAACUGGAUGGCCCGAUGGCUGCCUUGUCACAUGGCACCUCCCCUCCUCCGUGUUUACCCAAAACCUAUGACGCCCAACCGCCCGCCGUUAAACACGGUCUAACAAGGACGCCUCUUGAGGGUCACAGGAAAGGACUCGAUUUCGAAGGGACACAUCACCCCCCGGGCACUAAAGAAGGCGUGGAUGCUGAGCAGAGGGGCCCCGAGGCCAGAACGCAGGCCAGACCUCCCGCCCAGCCUCCCCCCGUCCCCGCCAAGAAGAGCAGGGAGCGCCUCGCCAACGGGCUGCCUCCUGUCCUUCCUGGUCCCCCCGGCGCCCCUGGCCCCGAUGCACCCAGCCUGCCCCUUAAAAAGGGCAGCCCCGGUGGCCCCGGCGACUGUCCGCCGCCGCCAGCGGCCAGGCCUCCCCCAGGGCCGGAGCCGGGCAGCCCGCCGAGCGCCAGGCCUCCACCCUGGCUGUCGGAGCUGCCUGAGAGCGCCAGCCUCCAGGAGCACGGCGUGCGGCUUGGCCCUGCCCUGGCCAGGAAGGUCUCCUGCACCCGCGGGGUGGACCUGGAGAUGCUCACCGAGAAGAAGCUGCGGGCCGAAGGCAUCGAUCUCACCGAGGAGCCCUAUUCCGAUAAGCACGGCCGCUGUGGGAUUCCCGAGGCCCUGGUUCAGAGAUAUGCGGAAGACUUAGAUCAGCCCGAGAGGGACGUUGCCACCAACAUGGACCAGAUCCGCGUGAAGCUGCUUCGGAAGCAGCACCGCAUGGCGAUCCCAAGCGGUGGACUCACAGAAAUCUGUAGGAAGCCCCUGUCUCCCGGAUGCGUUUCAUCCGUGUCGGAUUGGCUGGUUUCCAUCGGUCUGCCCAUGUACGCCAGUGCCCUCACUGAAGCGGGCUUCAGCACGCUGGGCCAAGUGCCUUCUCUGUCCCACACUUGCCUUCAGGAGGCCGGCAUCACAGAGGAGAGACACAUAAGCAAGCUCGUGUCUGCAGCCAGACUCUUCAAGCUGCCACCAGGCCCCGAGGCCAUGUAGUCAGGUCCGAAGUGGACCUCCCUGGACAAGAGCCACCCGUUCACUGUGUUGAUGAUGCUGAUGCAAUUCCUCCUUGGCUGGACAUGCAGACCAGACCCAGAAGAAAGGCCCAGUGUGUGGCCAGCAGAACUCGGAAUCUUGGCACGGGACUCUCUUCUCCAGAAAAGCCCCCUCCAGGAAAUUGGUGUGGUUCUCUUUGACCCCCAAAGAAAAGACAAGCACUUAUUUUUGUUUUCAGGACACAAUAGAACAAAGAUGCCAACUUGCCACAAAUGCUCUGCCUGCAGUCUGUCUUGGUGCACUGGGUGAGGGCAGGGGGCAGGGCAGGGGCAGCCUGUCCUGUUUCUAAGCGUGCUUCUAGCCCUUCUGUCUGUCACCUUGCAGGGUUCCCGAGGCCCAGAUGGGCUUUAGCCAGGCCAAAGUAACAGACUCGGGAGUGAUUGUACACUAUUGACCAGGCUCAUUGGUUCAAAAAUAAGAAAAUCUGGCUGCACUAGGGAAAAAAAGAGCCCUCUUCUCCUUUAGAUACACAAGAGACGUUUUAAUAAUUGCUUUCUAGCAAUCAGCUUUUAUUUGCCUUAAUGUAAGCUUUUAAGCAGUUAUCUAACUUAGUGUUCACUACCAUGUAACCAUAGUUCCAAAUCGUCAUCUUAGACAGCCAUCUAACGUAUCUGGGAUGUUUCCAGCAGAAAUGGGCUUUUCUAAUUGUCUCACUCUAACAUGGCUUAUUUUAUGGGGGUGUUUAUCAGGCCAAAUUUCAUGUUGACUUUUCAGUUUUUAAACUAACUACAAAUCUGGUAAAAAGCGCUCUUAAGUUCACAGAGGUAUCACGUGUGAGAGUAUAUGUGUGUGUCUGAGGUUAUGAUCUUUCAUUUUAAUCAGUUUAGUGUUGUUACCACUUUGGUCGUGCUGUAGUAUUGACUUGGAAUCUUGACCGUGUCCAUUCCAAAAUUCAGUCAUUAGCUAACAGAUCACCUUUGCAAAAGGUCACUGUAGGGGCUUCCCUGGUGGCGCGGUGGUUGGGAGUCCUCCUGCCGAUGCGGGGGACACGGGUUCGUGCCCCGGUCCGGGAGGAUCCCACAUGCCGCGGAGCGGCUGGACCCGUGAGCCAUGGCAGCUGAGACUGCGCGUCCGGAGCCUGUGCUCCGCAA